AUGCGGCUGCUUACGGUAUCGCCGCUGAUCCUAUUGAUCGUCUACUGUCAGGAUGCGGCCACGGCCGAGACGAAAGCGGCCCAGCCGAAACCAGUGGCCCCAAAAGCAGUGAUACCCCGUGCGUGGAGUGAGCCAAUAACCGCCCCGCUGCCUGCACCCGGGAAGAUCCCCAUCGCCCACGCCAGUGCGCAGCCAAUUUCCGCACCCGGCCCGGCGUCAGGAGCCAAAAUCGCGAUCGCCCACGCCAGCGUGCAGACGAUAACCGCCCCGGGACCCGCGCCGGUGAUCAUCGCCCGGAACUUGGUGGUCGCCAAAAAUGCGCAGAACGCAUCCGCGACGCUCCGGAAUACGCUGCCUGCCAACUCCACUUCUUCCGACGACCAAAAAUGGGCGGAGCUUCGUGCUUGUGCUAAGCAGCACGGCCUCCUCGAUUUUCUGCAUAACCACACCCGCCCGGACGGGAAUCACGAUGGAAAUGGAUCGUCAGAAGAGGCACACGUCGAAGCGCGCAAGGAUUUGCCACUCGCCGAGAUAAUGUUCGCCUCGUUCAUCGGCUCCAUCCCGCAACUAAUCCCGUCGAUACCUGUCGAAGCUGUGAAGACGAGGCUUCAGUUUCAAACGGAGGGCUACGCGUCCGCCUCGGCCCGUUUUCACGGCCCGUGGGAUUGCGCACGAAAAAUGUGGAAAGCCGAGGGGAUUCGAGCCAUUUAUCGGGGCGGGAACGUGAUGGCGGUAAGGGAUUGUUUCGGCAAUCUGUUCUACCUGCCCGUCUACGAGACGCUACAUCGAUUUUUGAAGAAUCGGGGCUCGAACACGACGGCCGCGCAGUUGAUAGCAGGCGGGUGUGCCGGUUCGAUCAGUUGGCUGAGCAUCUGCCCCCUGGAAGUGAUCAAGAGCCGGAUACAAAUUGCCGACACGCCCAGAUCAACCUUAGCCGUCGGUCGCGAAAUCCUGGCCGCCGAAGGCUGGCGGUCUUUUUACAAAGGCGGCCUUUCGAUGGUGCUCCGCGGAUUCCCGGUGAACGCCAUCAUUUUCCUCGUCUACGAGCAGUGUCUGCUUUUCAUGGAAAAAGAAAAAACCGCCAGC